AUGAAUGAAAAAGAAGAUAAUAAGAACGUAAAUAGACGAAGAAGUUCUAUAUUGGAUAUAACAAUACCAGAUGAUUGUGAAGCUGAAUUUGACGAAGAUCCAGUAAGCCGUGAUUUUAAAAAUGUUAUUUAUGUUAUAUUAUGUUUAUUAUCAAGUAUAUUAACAUCAUAUUUAUUAAAUAAUCCAUAUGGAAGUUAUAUUCCUAUAAUGUUAAUAGCUAUAUUUGAAUGGUAUAGAUCUUAUCCAAGACAACAACGUUCAUAUUAUGGUUUAUGUAGAUUAUUAUUAUAUAUAUUAUUUAUUAGUUUAUGGACUGUAUUUGUAUUAAAAAUAUUAAUUGAAUUGAUUGCUUUAGUAAUUGGUCAUCAUUAUAUUCGAUUGAGAAGAAUUGAACAUUUAUUUCCAUAUGCAUUAAUAAUGACAAGUUUUGCGCGAACUAAACAUGAUAUGGAUUUACAUGAUAAAAGACGUUAUAUUAUACAUAUAUUAUAUGAUAUUCCAGCUUUUUUUUUAGUUAUUAUAUUUAAAUUAUUAAAUAAUCCAUUAAAUUCUUUAUAUAGUCAAAUAUCUUCAUAUUGUUAUUUAGGUUGUUUACCAUUACCUUCUGAUGUGAAAAUUUUAAAUAAAAUUGGAAUAGAAUAUGUUGUUAAUAUGUGUGCUGAAUAUCAUGGACCAAGAAAAACAUAUGAAUUAUAUAAUAUAAAACAAUUAUAUUUACCAACUGUUGAUAGUACUGCACCAUCAAGAAAAACAAUUGAAAAAGCUAUGAAAUUUAUGAAUGAAGCAUUUAUUAAUAAAAAGAAAAUUUUUGUUCAUUGUAAAGCUGGAAUGGGUAGAAGUGCGACGAUUGUAUUUUGUCAUUUAGUUGCUAAUGAAAAAAUGUCACCAGAAAAUGCUUUAAAAUUAUUAAAAGAAAAACGACCAGAAAUAACAACUAGUAUUAUCCAUUAUCAACCUGUUAAAACAUAUUUAGCGUCAUUAACAAAAAAAUGA